AUGAAUGUUGAUCAAAACAAAUGUUUCCUCAAACUAAAGAUCGUGUAUUCAGUUUUGGGGAUUCUAACUGGAAUAAGUGUUGCAGUUGUGUUUGGGGUACAAUAUGCAAAUUACCAUGUCAGUGCCUGGGGUCUAGUCACAAGUUUCUAUGCUCUUCAAGUUCUAAUCCUGCAUUCAUUAUAUGCAUCGAAUAAAUGGAUAAAUGGUGGAAAGAAGUUGAAAGUAUUCACUGGGAUUGGCAUCUUUGGUCAAAUUUUGAACCUCCUGGCCAUUCUUGCCUACCUUGUCAUUGCAAUAUCAGAAGAGCAAAAACUAACUCCCUAUGGACCUCGGGGUUUCUUCAUGGCCAGCAUUUGGGUGGCCAUAACCUGGAAGUGGGCCUUCUUAACGACGCUGUACAGCAUUAAGUACAGAAGGUUACUAAUCAACAGCCUAAAUCCCAAUUCACUUGUUCCCAAUCCGGAUUCAAAUCCGGAACAAAGCACUUUGUUUGAACCUACUGAAUCUGAUCCAUUAGUACCUGGAAGUAGUAAUUCACAGAGAUACAUGGUUUAA